GAUUUACGUGAGCACCCAACAAUAAUGGUUUUUGAUUUUUUAUUCUUCCAUAUUGAACAAUAUUCAUGAUUCAUCCUGGGCCUUUGUAUAUACUCCUGAUUAACUGUAUCACUCCCUUUUUUUGGGGAUCUGCUUAUUCUGGAUGCAUUAGGAGUUGUGAACCAAUAAUCUCGUUAUUAUCCUUUUUUAUUAUAUUAAAAACAAGGAAACAAUGAUUUCGCUGGGUGAAUUUGAGUUCUUGUCUCAUUGCCGGCCUUAAUGGACAGGCUAUUGAACAUGGUCUUUUACCAUUGCGGGUUUCAUGAUACUGUCUUUUACCAGACUGAUUUUCUAACUGCUACUGUGUUUACACUUGGAUCACUCUGUAAUUUGAUUCACAUUCACAACAAUUACAAUUGAAGAUCUCAGAGCUUUCUAUUUUUGGUUGUUUUUUCAACCAAAGAGCUGCUGGGUUCUUGACCUCAAGGCUUGUUACAUGGGUGUUUAAACUGGGUCAUUGUAAUGGUUGUGUUUAUGCAUAAAUUGGUGUUUGUAGAAGUUUCCAGAGCCCAUCUAUUACUGCUGUAGCAUCUUUUAAAAUCUCUGUGCCUGUCUGUAUGCAGUAUUUUCUGCAAGGUAUUGGUUGUUAUGUGGGCUCUCGUGUACAGUACUUUUUUGGUGUGUAGUAUGUCUGACACGAGCUGUCUGUUUCGCUCACAUUCAUAUGAAAGGGAACCCACGAAAAUUUUACGCUUGGGUAGAUCAUAUAUUGGUGUGUUUGAGGGGGUAGAUAGUCCUUGUCCUUUAGGCAUAAAUUGAUUAAUUACUCUUUACAGAAAGAUUGACUGAUAGAUCUGUGUGUAAAUUUAUCUGGUCAUUAAUCUAAGCAUUUGUUUAUUGCCUGUUACCAAAAGUUAAGCAUUUAGUGUCCCCUUAAAUGAGUUUAGCAGGACAUUGUUUGUUCCUCUUGUAUUAAUAGGGUUUUGGCUUUUUGGGUAUUUCAGAGAGCUUUCUCCUUUCAAUCCUAAAUGCUGUUCAAUGACCAUUUUCAACUCAUGAUUGGAUUAUUAGUUCGAACUACGUAUUCAGCAUCUUCUGGAUUUUAUUCGUACACAACAAGGGCUACAAUCAUUUUGAGUACUCCGAGUUCUGUUUGUGGAUUUAGACUCUAGAGCUCUGUUCCAGCCCUAGGGCAAAUAGUUUGGAUUGGAUAGAGAAUUUAGAAGUGUUUAUUAUGUGAGACCAAGUAUCAUUGAGGUAAAGGGUAAAUGACAGCAUCUUCCCCAGAUCUUCCUGCAAGCUCCAGGUGGAGUAGAGAGCAGGAGAAAGCAUUUGAGAAUGCUCUUGCAGUGCAUACCGAGGACUGUGAAGAGAGAUGGGAAAAGAUAGCUGCAGAAGUUUCUGGAAAAAAUGCAACAGAGAUAAAAAUUCAUUACGAGCUUCUGGUUGAAGAUGUCAAGUCUAUUGAUGCUGGUGUAGUGCCUCUUCCUCGUUAUGUUUCUUCCACAGAAGGAGUUGUUGCUGAGCAGCAAGCUGUGGGAGCUAGUGGCACUAAGAAAGGAGCACAGUAUGCAACUCUUCAAAGUGUUGAUACAAAUCCAUCAGGAAAAGGUGGCUCUAAAGCAGAUCAGGAACGCCGAAAAGGAAUCGCUUGGACCGAAGAAGAACACAGGUUAUUUCUGCUUGGACUGGACAAGUUUGGUAAAGGUGAUUGGCGAAGUAUUUCCAGGAAUUUUGUUAUAUCUAGGACUCCUACCCAGGUGGCAAGUCAUGCUCAGAAAUACUUUAUUCGUUUGAAUUCAAUUAAUAAGGACAGGAGGAGGUCUAGUAUUCAUGAUAUUACCAGUGUGGACAAGGGAGACACAUCAACACCGCAAGGACCUAUCACAGGUCAAGCUAAUGGAUCUACAGGAUCCACAGGAAAAUCUGCCAAGAGUUCUGCUCAACCAGCCUUGCCAAAUGUUGGUGUAUAUGGACCUCCUGUUGGCCAACCUAUUUCUGGAACUGGUGUUUCUGCUGUUGGUACUCCUGUUAUGCUUCCUUCUGGACAUGUACCAUAUGUAGCAAGGGGAGCUCUUCCUGGACAAGUGGUUCCUGGUACUCCAAUGGUGCCUGUUGCUUACCCUGUUUCACAGCCAACCAUGCAUCAAUAACUAAAAGUGCCAUUGCUCAAGAGCUAUUGAGAUGUUGAAGAUGCUUUCGACAUUUGAGGCCACAGAUAAUAUUGUAGGAGAGGAGAUCUGCUUUGUUGAAAAUUAUGAACAUGCUAUUCAACUUGAGUUUUGUUAUGAAAAUGGGAUGCAUGAUGCAUGUCACAGAUGGAACUUAAGUUGGUUCUUCUGUACAAUGAUUGUUUUGACUUGGAACCCUCUAUAGCUCUUUCAGGUGUUAGUACACUUGGUGGCCAUGAUCUUAUUUUGCCUCUCAAACAGAUGCAGAUCAAGAAUGAGGUAAGUCUUAAAUGAAGACCGGUAAUCUCAAAUACAUGAGCAACUUUGGUAUGCUUAGUUUUGAAAAUUGAUGCAUGGAAAUGAUGAUUCAAUUGGUGAUUUCUGUUGUAUUUGUGGGGCAAUGAAGUUGACAUUUGUAAUAUGAAGGAAGAUCUGGCAUUACCUAUAUAAAUCAAGGCAUCCUGUUUAGUUGUG